AAUUGAAGGGGGAAACCAGAGAUCGGUUUGUAAUUGACCGUAACGAGGCCACAGCGCGUGUGUUUAUGAUAGUGUUGCACGGAUGUAAAUACUUUAUUGCACUUGAACUUCUGAAUAUUUGUUAUCUAACCAAUGGAUUUGUGACACAAUAAUCUUAGAAUGAAUAUAUCGGAAUUGUGAACAUGGAUAUAAUGCUGGAAUAGGACAAAUUGGCAAUAUAUGUAUGCCUGAAUGUAACAAACAAGUCUUCGCGUGAUGCUGUUUUGGGAAUUAUUAGCAGCUUGGCUUGCACAAUACUGAGGUACAUCUAAUUGAGAGGUGUCCAGCAGAAGUCAAUUAACGCUAUCGAUCACUGAACAUGUGUGAUUGACAAACGUCCAUCGAAUAACAAACAUGUACUUCUGACAGAAUUCUCUACAAUACUGCGGUGUGUUGCUUAGCAACCGUUUCUCACGACAUUCAGCUUCCCAAUUAGCAAAUCGUUAUCGAGAACGCUGUGACGUAAAGCGGUGAAAAUGCCGCCACCAAAUAGCCCGCCAUAUCACACGAGUAGUCGCCCGUUCCUCGGCGUUAAAGCACGAAGUCAACCGACUAGUAAUCAAACACCUAUCGCAAGCCGAGGGCAGCAGUCGCCGUUUAAUGCAGUUGCUCCGGCCAUGGGUAACGGGGCAAGUGCCACUAAAAUUGUAAUAGAUGGAGAGACUUUGGAUUUAGUGAAAAUCAAACAAAUUAUUCCUGAAUUGAGAAAAGAGUUAAAACAGAAAGAUGCAAGAAUACAACAAUAUGAACAAGAGUUAUAUGAGAAAAGUAAACUACUGGACGCAAAAAUAGCGGAUGUUAAUAGAUUAAAAGAAGAGGUACAUAAACUUAAAUCUGUGCUACAAUUGAAAGUGCAUAAAGAUGGUAAACCAGACAUUUUAGCGACGAUACAAGAGGAUGGGGCCACUCAGGGACAUGAAAGAGCAAAAAAGCAGGGAGUUUCGGGAGAAAGUCCCAUGACAAUCGGGGAAGGACAUCUUGAGAUUAAACACUUUGAAAAGGAUUUCAGAUCCAAACAGCUUAUUAAGGAUGCAAUUUUAGACAAUGAUUUCUUGAAGAAAUUAGAUUCUACCCAAAUACGAGAGGUGGUAGAGUGCAUGUAUGAAAAGCAGGUUAAGCAGGGUCACUACAUUAUACGAGAAGGGGAUGCAGGUCAACAUCUUUAUGUUGCAGCAGAUGGCGAGCUUGAGGUACUCAAGGACAACAAUGUGUUGGGAAAGAUGGCAGCGGGACGUGCAUUUGGUGAACUGGCUAUACUGUAUAAUUGUACCAGAACUGCUUCCGUCAGAGCUGUGACAGAUGUGAAAGUAUGGGUGCUGGAUCGGAGAAUCUUUCAAGCUAUUAUGAUGAAAACUGGUCUUCAGAGACAAGAAGAAAAUGUUAACUUUCUCAAAAGUGUGCCUUUACUUCGAAGUUUACCAGCAGAGAAAUUGUCCAAGUUAGCCGACGUUCUUGAAGUAGACUUUUUCCAUGAAGGAGAGUAUAUCAUUCGAGAAGGGGCCACUGGGGAUACAUUUUUCAUCAUCAACAAAGGGGAGGUGAAGGUCACUCAAACUAUAGCUGGCUUUGAUUCACCGCAGGAAGUAAGAAAACUCAAAAGGGGAGACUACUUCGGAGAGAAAUCAUUGCUCAGCAAUUACAGACCGGGAUACAAGAUUAGUGAAGACAGAAGAACAGCUAAUGUUCUUGCCCUGGCACCUGGUGUAGAAUGUUUAACAGUAGACAGAGAAUCUUUUAACCAACUGAUUGGCUCUCUAAGUGAGUUGAGGGAGAAAGACUAUGGUGAUGAAGCCAGAGGAGUACAAAAAACAAGUGUUGGUGCUGGUUCAGAUGGAGUGGUGUCACCGACUGUCGACCGUAUCGAUCCGGAAUAUCAAUUUAUACGUCUUGAAGAUAUGGAGAUAGUCGCUACGCUUGGCAUGGGCGGCUUUGGCAGAGUAGAACUGGUGCAGCUGGCUGCAGACAGAAGUAAGACAUUUGCUCUCAAGUGCCUUAAGAAAAAACACAUUGUUGAGACUCGACAACAAGAACACAUCUAUUCUGAGAAGAAAAUCAUGAUGGAAUGCAGAUCUCCUUUCAUUACUAGAUUAUUCAAAACAUUCAAGGAUCGUAAGUUUGUCUACAUGAUGUUGGAGGUGUGUUUAGGUGGUGAAGUUUGGACUAUAUUACGUGAUCACGGUAGUUUUGACGAGACAACAUCGCGAUUCGUGGUGGCGUGUGUUCUAGAAGCAUUCCAGUACCUCCAUUCCAAGGGUAUCAUUUACCGGGAUCUGAAACCAGAAAAUUUGUUGUUAGACAAUAGAGGCUACAUUAAACUGGUCGACUUUGGUUUUGCAAAGAAGAUUGGUUUUGGUCGUAAGACUUGGACGUUCUGCGGAACCCCAGAAUACGUGGCUCCUGAGAUUAUUCUGAAUAAGGGUCAUGAUUUUGCAGCAGAUUACUGGUCAUUAGGAAUACUCAUGUUUGAAUUGCUGACUGGAAGUCCACCAUUCUCGGGCUCAGAUCCUAUGAGGACGUAUAACAUCAUUCUGAAGGGGAUAGAUGUUAUUGAGUUUCCAAAGAAAAUCUCUAGAAAUGCUCAUGUGCUCAUCAAAAAAUUAUGUCGUGAUAACCCAACUGAAAGACUUGGAUAUGGCAAAAAUGGCAUUGUUGAUAUUAAGAAAAACAAAUGGUUCCAGGGUUUUGACUGGAAUGGUUUGGUUCAACGGUCAAUGGUUCCCCCACUUGUACCAAAGGAGGAGACCAAGAGUAGAUUUGUAGACUUCAAGCAGGUGAAGGGGCCAGCUGAUUACAGCAAUUUUGACCACUAUCCAAAGUCCCUAGAGGUUCCUCCUGAUGAGCUGUCUGGCUGGGAUACAGACUUUUGAACAAUUCACUCAUGAUGUAUUCUGUGAUAUAUUCAUUAUACAGGUACUCAAGUCCAUAGAUUUGAUGUGCUAUUUAUAUAGCAGCUUUCCAGUUGCCAGGAAACAGGGUCAAGGUCAUUGGAACAAAGAAGAUAAUGUAAUCAGAGAAUCAGCUGAGCAACACAUACAAGAAACCAACAAGACCAUGAAAGAUCUGUUUUAUAUGGGAUGUGUUACCAUGGAAACACUGCAGCAUUAGCACUCUUGCCAAAGAAUUAAUUAGUUCUUGAUUAGUGUAGAUGAUUUGCAAAAUCACAUUACAAUUAGAGGUUUUACCAUGAAACUAUUGCAUAUAGUGAAAGAGGGUUUUUAAACAGUUUCACAAAAUGUCUUGUUUUCUUUUGUAGUUCUAUGUCUUUUUUGUUCGAAAUUGUGUCUCUUGUCUAAAUAAAUGUAGUGAUCUGUCAAGCCAUAAUUCAGAAAAAUCUUGUGGCUUUUUUAGCUCACCUGUCACAUAGUGACAAGGUGAGCUUUUGUGAUCAUGCAGCGUCCGUCGGCCGUCCAUCCGUCCGUAAACUUUCGCUUGUGACCACUCUAGAGGUCACAUUUUUUGUGGGAUCUUUAUGAAAGUUGGUCAGAAUGUUUAUCUUGAUGAUAUCUAGGUCAAGUUCGAAACUGGGUUACGUGCGGUCCAAAACAAGGUCAGUAGGUCUAAAAAUAGAAAAACCUUGUGACCUGUCUAGAGGCCAUAUAUAUCAAAAGAUCUUCAUGAAAAUUGGUCAGAAUGUUCACCUUGAUGAUAUCUAGGUCAGAUUUGAAACUGGGUCACGUGCCAUCAAAAACUAGGUCAGUAGGUCUAAAAAUAGAAAAACCUUGUGACCUCUCUAGAGGCCAUAUAUUUCAAUGGAUCUUCAUGAAAAUUGAUCAGAACGUUCACGUUGAUGAUAUCUAGGUCAAGUUCGAAUCUGGGUCACGUGCCGUUAAAAACUAGGUCAGUAGGUCAAAUAAUAGAAAAACCUUGUGACCUCUCUAAAGGCCAUAUUUUGCAUGGGAUCUGUAUGAAAGUUGGUCUGAAUGUUCAUCUUGAUGAUAUCUAGGUCAAAUUUGAAACUGGGUCACGUGCGGUCAAAAACUAGGUCAGUAGGUCUAAAAAUAGAAAAACCUUGUGACCUCUCUAGAGGCAAUAUAUUUCAUGAGAUCUUCAUGAAAAUUACUCAGAAUGUUCAUCUUGAUGAUAUCUAGAUCAAGUUCGAAACAGGGUCAUGUGCGGUCAAAAACUAGGUCAGUAGGUCUAAAAAUAGAAAAACCUUGUGACCUCUCUAGAGGCCAUACAUAUGAAUGGAUCUCCAUACAAAUUGGUCAGAAUGUUCAUCUUGAAGAUAUCUAAGUCAAGUUUGAAACCGGGUCACGUGCUGUAAAAAACUAGGUCAGUAGGUCAAAUAAUAAAAAAAACCUUGUGACCUCUCUAGAGGCCAUACUUUUCGAGGGAUCUGUAUGAAAGUUGGUCUGAAUGUUCAUCUUGAUGAUAUCUAGGUCAAAUUUGACACUGGGUCAACAGCGGUCAAAAACUAGGUCAGUAGGUCUAAAAUUAUUAAAAUCUUUUGACCUCUCUAGAGGCCAUAUUUUUCGAUGGAUCUUCAUGAAAAUUGAUCUGAAUGUUCACCUUGAUGAUCUCUAGGUCAGUUUUGAAACUGGGUCACAUAUGGUCAAAAACUAGGCCAGUAGGUAUAAAAAUAGAAAAACCUUGUGACCUCUCUAGAGGCCAUAUUUUUCAUGGGAUCUGUAUGAAAGUUGGUCUGAAUGUUCAUCUUGAUGAUAUCUAGGUCAAAUUCGAAACUGGGUCACGUGCGGUCAAAAACUAGGUCAGUAGGUCUAAAAAUAGAAAAACCUUGUGACCUCUCUAGAGGCCAUAUAUUUCAUGAGAUCUUCAUGAAAAUUGCUCAGAAUGUUCAUCUUGAUGAUAUCUAGGUCAAGUUAGAAACAGGGUCAUGUGCGGUCAAAAACUAGGUCAGUAGGUCUAAAAAUAGAAAAACCUUGUGACCUCUCUAGAGGCCAUACAUAUGAAUGGAUCUCCAUACAAAUUGGUCAGAAUGUUCAUCUUGAAGAUAUCUAAGUCAAGUUUGAAACCGGGUCACGUGCUGUAAAAAACUAGGUCAGUAGGUCAAAUAAUAAAAAAACCUUGUGACCUCUGUAGAGGCCAUACUUUUCGAGGGAUCUGUAUGAAAGUUGGUCUGAAUGUUCAUCUUGAUGAUAUCUAGGUCAAAUUUGAAACUGGGUCAACAGCGGUCAAAAACUAGGUCAGUAGGUCUAAAAUUAUUAAAAUCUUUUGACCUCUCUAGAGGCCAUAUUUUUCGAUGGAUCUUCAUGAAAAUUGAUCUGAAUGUUCACCUUGAUGAUAUCUAGGUCACUUUUGAAACUGGGUCACGUACGGUCAAAAACUAGGCUAGUAGGUAUAAAAAUAGAAAAACCUUGUGACCUCUCUAGAGGCCAUAUUUUUCAUGAGAUCUUCAUGAAAAUUAGUGAGAAUGUUCACCUUGAUGAUAUCUAGGUAAAGUUCAAAACAGGGUCACGUACCUUCGAAAACUAGGUCAAUAGGUCAAAUAAUAGAAAAACCUUGUGACCUCUCUAGAGACCAUAUUUUUCAAUGGAUCUUCUUGAAAAUUGGUUAGAAUUUUUAUCUUGAUAAUAUCUAGGUCAAGUUCAAAACUGCGUCACAUGAGCUCAAAAACUAGGUCACUAUGUCAAAUAAUAGAAACAACGACGUCAUACUCAAAACUGGGUCAUGUGGGAAGAGGUGAGUGAUUCAGGACCAUCAUGGUCCUCUUGUUUUUUGGAAUUUCAUAGGAUUUGAUUUUACAUAUUUACUUACCUUUUUCUAUGCUUAUCUUAUAAUGCAAACUACGCUGUUGCUUAAAUUAUUUGGUGGAUAAUAAAUUUCUUAAUGUUGCAAUAACUCAUGCUUCUUCAGCAUAUUCCCAGAUAGCUAAUCCUUUAUGUGUUCUUGAAGAGCAGUUUGACUGUAUGCAAGAUGUUGCAUUUGUUUAAUUUUUCUUGACUUUGAUAAAAGAUGUUUCAUGUUUGAACAUUCAGAAUGAACUUAAAUGCUUCUGACCAAACAAGUUUCAAAUUGCGAUGUUACGAUUCUAAUACAAAAGGUACUUUGUUUCCCAAAGGGUAGGUGCAAUUACUUAUCUGCCUGGCUUUUAUGUCUCUCUUACCCAAAGUCUGUCUGCCACAUAAAAAAUGUUCCUCAAUUUCAAUCAAAGUGGAUGUUUGACUUAACAAAAAUAAAUAAAUACCAUAAGUUAAACCAGUAUAACCAGAAUUCAUGCACAGUAGACAUAUCUGAAUAGAUGCUGCUAUGGAAUUUUGAUGUAUCAAUACUAAUAUUUGUAAAUUUAUAAAUUAUAAUAAUACUUAUUGAAUGGCUUAUGGUCAAUAGUUUUGACUAUUGACUGGCAAGCCAUUCAAUAAGUGAUUUAUUACAUGACAUCAGAAAUUAAUUUUCAGUUCUUUUGGGGGGUUUUAAAUAUUUUUUUUUACUUAUUAGCCCUUCUUAUUAGCCCUGUAAACACCUUUAACUAUAGACAAUAUAUUUAGUACAAACCUUUGGCUGCCAGUUUAUAUAGGGAGUGGUGUAAUAAUGGUUUUAUAAUUUAGGGUUCAAUAAUAUUUGGACUUCUGAACAGGAAUUAUUAAGUUUUAAAGUCGAUUUUGCUACUGAAACGGUGAAGUAUCUGGUCAGUUUUGAAAUCAUUUAAUAUGCCAUUUGUAGGAGAUAUAUUUAGAUUCCAUUUGAUAGGUAUAGACAAAGAUUAUAAUAUAUUAUGUAGAUUCCAUUUUGCAUUGGAUAUUUCUGAGUUAUACUAUAGUUAUUUCCCUUAAGAAUAUAUCUGCCAUUUGUAGUUGGAAUUUAUGUUAACUAGUUCACAAGAUUAUAAAGGAAAAAUGACAAUGAUUUUUUUCAUGAAAUAUCAUUGUGUCUUAAGAGUUGGUCUACAUGUAUCAGUCUCUUGAAAAUAUUCCCAGAAACAAGUUUAUGUCUGAUCUAGAUCUUACACCAUGAUACAAAAGAGGCAGGAAUUUCGUACUUGUAUUGGUAGGUGUAUACACGAAAGAUUUCCGGCUUUAUUUAAAGAAGCAUUAAAGGCGUCAAAAUUCGGAACAGAGUAAAUUAUUCAUGAAGUAUCGCCUUACAUGUCAAACCACAGUGCAGAUUUACCUGUAACCAGCGAUUUGAUUAAAUUUGUUGUGCACAAUGUAUACAUACAUCAUAGAUAUGAAUAAAAAUUCAUAAAACAGUUUUGCAAUUGGAAACUUGCAGAUGAUGAUUUCAGCAGUCCGGUAUUUACUAGUCGUUUCAGUUACCUUUUUAGCUCACCUGAGCACAAAGUACUCAGGGUGAGGUAUUGUGAUCGCUCACCGUCCGGCGUCCGUCCGUCCGUCCGUCCGUCUGUCCGUCCGUCCGUCCGUCUGUCGUCCGUCCACACUUCCCUUUAAACAACAUCUCCUCCUAAACCAACAGGCCAAUUUUGAUGAAACUUCACAGGGAUGUUCCUUGGAUGGCCCCCUUUCAAAAUUGUUCAAAGAAUUGAAUUCCAUGCAGAACACUGGUUGCCAUGGCAACCGAAAGGAAAAACUUUAAAAAUCUUCUUCUCAAAAACCAGAAGCCCUAGAGCUUAGAUAUUUGGUGUGAAGCAUUGCCUAGUGGACCUCUACCAAUUUUGUUCAAAUCAUGACCCCGGGGUCAAAAUUGACCCCGCCCCAGGGUCACUUGAUUUUACAUAAGAAAAUCUUAAAAAAUCUUCUUCUCUAAAACCAGAAGCCUUAGAGCUUAGAUAUUUGACAUGUAGCAUUGCCUAGUGGACCUCUACUAAAGUUGUUCAAAUCAUGACCCCGGGGUCAAAAUUGACCCCGCCCCACGGGUCACUUGAUUUUACAUAGGAAAAUCUUCAAAAAAUUUCUAAAAAUAAACCAGAAGGCCUAGAGCUUAGAUAUUUCACAUGUAGCAUUGCCUAGUGGACCUCUACAAAAUUUGUUCAAAUCAUGGCCCCCGGGGUCAAAAUUGACCCUGCCCCAGGGGUCACUUGAUUUUACAUAGGAAAAUAUUUAAAAAAUCUUCUUCUCAAAAACCAGAAGCCCUAGAGCUUAGAUAUUUGACAUGUAGCAUUGCCUAGUGGACCUCUACUAAAGUUGUUCAAAUUAUGACCCGGGGUCAAAAUUGACCCCGCCCUAGGGGUCACUUGACUUUACAUAGGAAAAUCUUCAAAAGUUUUCUAAAAAUAAACCAGAAGGCCUAGAGCUUAGAUAUUUCACAUGUAGCAUUACCUAGUGGACCUCUACAAAAUUUGUUCAUAUCAUGACCCCCUGGGUCAAAAUUGACCACGCCACAGGGGUCACUUGAUUUUACAUAGGAAAAUCUUCAAAAAUUUUCUAAAAAUAAACUAGAAGGCCUAGAGACUAGAUAUUUGACAUGUAGCAUUGCCUAGUGGACUUCUACAAAAUUUAUUCAAACCUUGUCCCCCAGGGUCAAAAUUGACUCCGCCCUAGGGGUCACUUGAUUUUACGUAGGAAAAUCUUUAAAAAAAAUUCUAAAAAUAAACCAGAAGGUCUAGAUCUUAGAUAUUUGACAUGUAGCAUUGCCUAUUAGACUUUUACAAAGUUUAUUCAAAUCAUGACCCCUGGGGUCAAAUUGACCCUGCCCCAUGUACUUGAUUGUACAUAGAAUAAUCUUCAAAAUUUUCUAAAAAUAAACCAGAAGAGCUUAGAUAUUUGACAUGUAGCAUUGCCUAGUGGACCUCUACAAAAAGUUUUCAAAUCUUGUUUUUAAAGUUACUUAAAGAAAAUUUCAACUAUAUUUUCUUCUGUUAUGAUCUUUUGACCUUGAAGACUUGUCCUUAAGUGCAAUGAUAACAGGUGAGCGAUAUAGGGCCAUCAUGGCCCUCUUGUUUU